AUGUUGUUACUCGGUGGAAUUCCACAUAUGAAAUGCUGUCACGUUUUUUUGGAAAUCAAAGAAGCCAUAAUUUCUACAUUAGCCAUUUUGGGAAAUGAUUUGGAUGCGUCUUUAGCAACUCAUGACUGGAAAAUUAUUCAGUAUGCUGCUCGAGUAUUGAAAUUGUUUCUAGAUGUCACUAAUAAAAUUUGUGCGGAAAAGACUGUUACAUUAUCAAAAAUCAUUCCUUAG